UUCACCUACACGCACCUAUACAUAUUAUCUCUGUAUUUCUGUCUCUCUCUCUCUCUCUCCAUUGUUUGCUUCAUUUCUUUAUACCCUAAACUUUAUCCAAUUCUCGAUUCACAUCCUUCAAUUUCAGAAAAAAGACAUGGCAGAAGAGGAGCAGAAGAAGAUAGAAUCUGAGGCACCAUCAUCAGAGCCUCCACCGCCUCCGGAGACUCCAGCUCCGGCACCGGAACCCGUCCAAACUCCAGCUCCAAAAGAUGUCGCCGAGGAGAAAGCCGUAGAUCCACCUCCUGAAGAGAAACCUGAUGAGUCCAAAGCACUCGUCCUUGCUGAAAAGGCACCUGAAUCAGCUGCGGAGAAAGGUCCUGAAGGCUCUAUCAACAGAGAUGCUGUACUCGAAAGAGUAGCGACAGAGAAGAGGCUGUCAUUAGUCAGGGCAUGGGAAGAAAGUGAGAAAUCAAAAGCCGAGAACAAAGCUCAAAAAAAGCUAUCUGCCAUUGGCGCUUGGGAGAACAGCAAGAAAGCAACGAUAGAGGCUGAGCUAAAACAGGUUGAGGAGAAAUUGGAGAAGAAGAAAGCAGAAUAUGUGGAGAAGAUGAAAAACAAGGUUGCUCUCAUUCACAAGUCAGCAGAAGAAAAGAGGGCAAUGACCGAAGCUAAACGUGGUGAAGAUCUUCUUAAGGCAGAGGAGAUGGCAGCAAAGUACCGCGCCACUGGAACUUCUCCAAAGAAACUCCUUGGUUUGUUUUGAAUCUGAAUUUAUCAGGUCUGAUUUGAAAAUUGCUGUGAAGUUCCAUUUGUAAAUUUCCUUUUGGCAUUGUUUGAUAGUUUAGGUGUAUUGUAUGCUUAUAUGUUGGAGAAUUGGAUGUUGUUCUUUUAUUAUGUGUGAAGAGUGGUGUAUUUUUGUGUACAUACCAUUUGGAUGAAAAUAGCUGCUUCAAUUUAUCAGUUAACCUGCAAGCUAUAGUUAUAUUUUCUGUACAAUGAA